AUGGCAUCAGCAGACAGACCUCAGAUACUCUUCGUUUCCCUUGCAUACCUUGAGUUCUUCGAUCAAACAUAUGGCCCGCUCAUGACUCGCCUCCUUGAAGUAUCGCGCGUCAAGCGGGCGAAGACAGCCGCCGGCGCACUCCGCGCGCUCGCCGACAACACCUUCAAAGCAAUCAUCAUCGCAGACUCGGGCCUCAUCGCAGACGAUUACGACAUCAAGUCCACUCCCGAAACCGAUGAGCUCUUGAACAAGAUCAAAACGUACAUUGAAGGUGGCGGGCUCGCCAUCGUUGGCCUGCACUUCCCCAAUUUUACGAACUCGAAUCAGUUCAACACAUUCUUCGAGAGGUUCGGUCUCCCCUGGAAGAGAGGCGACUAUCACCGCACGACAUUCCAGCACACCUCAUCUGGUAUUCUGCCGGAGGGCGUUCAGUCUGCUUCGUUGCCCGGGCCGUAUAGCAUGAAGGUGCUCCAUGUUGAUAAUGCCAGACCCCAGGAGAAGAUUUUUGUCCCUGUUGCGGGUGCCAAGACGCAGAGUCUCGUUUUUUCGCCAGAGUAUGUGGAUGAGACACAAGCUGCGGUUGUGGGGGCGAAAAUUGGAAAAGGAAAUAUGGUUUAUUGUGGAGAUGUGAAUGGUGAGAGUGAGUCGAAUGCGUUGAUGUUGGCGCUGUGUGGGUUCUAG